AUGUCUUCGCUGAGGAAAUCCGCAUCGUUCCGCUCGAGAAUUCCCGUACGGCGAACGCGCCUACCGCACAGACGCUGUACCAGCCCGGACCAGUCCGUGGUCACGAUCGGGCACAGCCACGGGUCGGAAUCGUCCAUCGCCACCGGGCCUAACGACGCCGGGGCAGGUCUGUUUGGGAAAGUGGUUGGCCAGCAGCCAAAAGCUUGGUACGAUCGGAGCCAUUGCUACUCGUCCUCGAGCUAUUCGAGCAGCGACGAAAGCUGCGACUCGGAAGCGGCUCCAUUUCAGCAUCUCCUGAAUCAAUCAUCGGUUGCAACCAGUGCUGGCGGAGCGUCGUACACACAACGGCAACAACAGGAGCAGCAGCACCAGCACCGGGUACUGGUGGGCCACCGGCAGCACGACGGCGCUCCGUACCAACACUUUGACCAGCCAGAGUUCCUACCGCACCAGCCACAACAGCCGCACCACCAGUCCUUUGGAGCGUCCAGUUGUUUAAGCACCUCGACCGAUGCGAUGAGUCUCGACGGGUUGCUGGAUUGCGUCAGCACGGGCACCUUCUCCUGUCCACCAUCGCCAAAAUCGAAAUCAUAUUUGGAUAAUGGCGACGGUGGUCAGCAGUCGGGCUUUUACGAGUCGCUGGAAGAGUUGAAUUACGCACUCAAAACGCUCAUAAUAUCGGAUUCGUUUCAAGCGCAACGAAACAUGCGGAAUGCAGCGUCUACGGAUACCGCCGAUGGGUCGGUCUCACUGUCCGGAACCGUGGAAUGUACGGUCCCGUUCGGUGCAUCGUACGAAACAGGACCACAGCAGCAGGGACACCACCGGCCGGAGGAUGUAAGGGUUGGUGAAAAUCUGAGCAGUACACAGGAAUUCGCCGGACCCAACCAACAGAAUUAUCAUCAUCGUUCACCUCAUGAGCAGCAGCAGGAACGGGAGGCCACAGUAGUGGAGGAAGAUGAUGAUUUGAUUAAGCAGCGGAAACUAAGCGAUUGGUAUUACAUUAAGACGGCCCCUACCAAGAAACCUUCGAGUCCAUUCGAGCGUCGACGGGCCAACGGAAGCCGUCUGGCGAAUGAUGCUGCAAGGCGCACGGGACGGUUCCCUCCGACGCUAACGCCUCGGGCUUCCAAUCCGGACAUUGCUGGAGAUGAGCGUUUGCAGAUGAGAGCGACUGCCGACAGUAAGCAUCCCACGCUAGGGGUACUCUCCACGGCCAAACUGGGGGAGUUAGGUGAUCGUAAAUAUCCGUCACCAAUUCCGCGGCCUCGCCGAUUCCCACCCGCGAUGGUACCUGCGGAUGCUCAACCUAGCUGGGAGCAGGAGUCCCGCUGGCAUCAUCAACAUCCGGGUGCGGUCACCAAAUCCGCUUCCUCUUCCAGCGUCAAUCUUGGACUACGGGGCCAUUUGAAUUCGUUGGGUACGGGUCGCGGGCCCAACGGGCCCAACGUUCGCCUCCACUCAAACUCGGACCUACAGCAGGCCGGCACACGGAAGGCAAUUGCACCUGCCCUGCUGCAGGAUGAUUCGCUCGGCAGUCUCGACGAUAGUUCAUCGCUGGCCGUUCUCGGUGGCUCGCCAGCGUUCGAAUUGCCGGACGAUCGGGACCGAUUUUCACCCUACUUUCGACGGCGCAAUCCGCACCAACUCGUACCGCAAUGGUUCCCACCUCCACCACCACCCCCGUACCAUUACCCGCAUCAGCACGGCCAUCAGCAGGAGCCGCGGAAUAUUUAUGAGAACUUUCCACCAUCGGCCAAUCAGCACGCGUCAAUGGAAGGGCACGUGAACGAUGGUGGCGCAAAACCCGAAACCUUGUCGCCCAUACCAACGGCAAGAAUACGAACCACCACCAGCUCCAACAUUCACGCUUCCGGACCGCUGUCCAACCCUCACACCAACCGUCCGGCACCCACACCACUGUACGGCAUCGAGGAGAACGAAGUGUUUCAGUACAAAGUACCAAUCGCGUCAGGCGGCAGUGACAAGCGACCACUACCGAGGCCACCGAUCGACUCGGACGAUGAGACCGGUCAAGGCCAAGGCAGGAUGGUGGCGGAGAAGAAGAGCUCCCUCACGCGGUGUUAUCCAACGAAAUCGCAACCAUCAUCACAUCCGCCACAGUUGCCCUCACAGCCGGCCGGCCAGCAAAAGCUGACGGCGCCGACGCCGAGCACCAACACACCCGCCACCACCCCGUACCGGACCGACUAUGAGCUGUCCGGGUCGUACGUGUCGCUCGAGUGUCCCUCGCCGCCGGGUCCACCCGCUUGCGGACCCGAGGGCCGACGGGGCGAUCCGCAGGCUCGCCUCGCCAACUACCUGCGCACGCUGUACAACGAGCUAGCUUUAAAGGAACCGGUGCUGCCGAGCUGGGUGCACCCGGUCGCACCCGGCGUCCUCUGUCCGGCCCGGCUCGAGCCCGAGCUCCGGCUGCACAUACACUCACACGGCCUGAACGAGGCGAUCGGCGUCGACCAGAUUCUGACACCGGUGCAGACGAAAGAUGGCCCAUUCCUGGAGGCGCCGCGCCGUGUGCUGGUCGAGUGCCCACCGUGGGUGACGCGUGGCGCACUCGCCCUGCGCAUCCUGCACGGCUGGAGCCGUGAACCACCGUGGCCUCCGCGGGGUCAACCGGUGGCGCUGGCGCUGUUCCUACCGCUGGCCGAACUGCGGGGCACGAUCGCGAACUACAUCGGCAAGGAGCUGCUGCCGCGUGGUCCACCGAACCCGUUCGCGAGCGGGUUCGGUGGGUUCAGUGCCGCGUGGAACUCGCUCGAGGCGCUCAAGGGCAAGCUGCUGAUCGUGCUAGACGGGUACGAUGUGCAGUGCAAAACGCGCAAAAGCAAAACCAUGCCAAAGGACGUGAUCGACCUGCUGGAGGGACGUCUCUUCCCGGAAGCCCGCGUCAUACUGAUCAGCGUGACGGCGUCCUGCACCGAGCUGCUGCCCCUGAUGCAGCGACAUAUCACCUUCGAGGGGCUGGUCUGGGGUCGCUCCGUGUCGUUGCUCGGUGGCGGCCAGUGGGGAGCGCCAACGCGACUCAUCGACACGGUGCAGUCCUGUCGGCAUCUGCGAAACAUUGCCCGGACCACGCUCGGCUGUCUGGCGAUAGCGGCCAUAUACGAAACGUCCGGCGGCGAGUUACCGACCGACGAGCUGGACGUGAUCGCGUCGGUAUUCAACUGCGUUGCAGCCAACUCGUCCCACACGCAAGUCACCGAGCUGGGCCGGUUGGCGCUGUUCUGCUUGAAAACGAAGCGCUCCACGGUGACGUCAGCUGAGCUGAAGAUGUACUGCUCCUCGCCGGAAACGAACAUCGCCGGCUGUUUGGACCGGGCGCAACUGUUUGGCCGCACCGCCAAGCGGAAGUCGGACCAGUACUACACCAUCAUCUGUCCCGGGCUGGCCGAGUUUCUCGCCGCGAACUAUAUCGUAUCGCUGGCGAACCGGCCCGGGCUGCUGGCGGCAGAGAUAGCCGGGCUGGCCGUGGGCGAUGAGGUGGAACCGGAGAUCCUGAAGGUGUUAAACUUCGCGAUGGCCCUGCUCGGUGCCCGGGCGCAUCUGCUGCUCUCCAAGCUGACGCCGCUGUGGUUGAGUCCGCAGACGAUCUUCUCGCUAGCGCUGGCCGGCGGUGAGACGGAAGCCAACCUGACGGCGCUCUGCGAGAUGCUGGGCAUUUCCAAGUCGCCUCCGGUGCCACCGCUCGAAGCGAAACCGGUCUGGGUGUCGAUCAAGUCGACGCUGUCCGAGCUGCAGGGUUGGGGACUGGCGUUCAAGAGCCCCACCUGCACGCUGAAGAACCUCGAGCUGGUGUACCAGAUGGAGAAGAACCUGCUGCUGGAGUCACGCAACGUGAUGGACAUCUUUCUGGACGCGCUGUCGAAGAACGAGAGCGUCACCACACUGCGCAUCACGUCGCUGAUCGAGAACGAGGUGCGCGACUCGGACAUUAACUAUCUGGCGAGUUGCAUAUCGAAAGCGCUGCUCAAACCACGCCUCGAAAGCUUCGAGCUGAUCCUCACCCUGCUCGAGGAGGACCCACCCAUCCUGAAGCUCCAGUCCGUGGUGACGGCACUCUGUCGGACGAUACCGCGCCAGCCGAAGCUGAGCAACCUUUCGCUCGAUCUCGGCCUCUGCACGUCCCAGCUGGUGCAGAUCUGUUCGACGCUCGAGAAGUGUCCGCACGUCACGCGGCUUUCGUUGCCCCAUCUGCGCUGCGAACGGGGAGCCGUGGGAGCGCUCGCCGCCUUACUUGCCGUGCGGCCUCUGUCUUAUCUGGGGCUUCCCUCCAGCUGGGGUGCCCGCGACGAUCCACCAUCAUCCAGCGGGGUUAGCAUGGGUUCCGGCUCGGGCAGCAGUAGCGGCAACUCGGGUCUCAUCAAACAGUCCUCCCUGACCGGGGCACCUUCGCCGCGCUCGUAUCCGGCCGGCAUCUUCUCGUCGUUGCCGCGAGGUGUGCUCAGCUCGACGGCCAACAUGGGCCGUUCGGCCACACUGCCCCGCCAACCGAUGGAAGGACCUCCGGACAAGCGGAGCACGGACUCGGUCAUUUCGCGCACCUGGUACCCGACACCGGCCUGCGAUGGUGGUCCGCACAAUUCUGGCACGCUGCACGAACUGUUGCUGGCCGCACGCGACACCUACUCCCGGCUGCACGGGUUGGAUCUGAGCAAGGCGCAACUCUCGCUGGAGGACUCGAUGUGUCUCGGCGAGACGGUGCGCGUAUCGACGACGCUACACUCUAUCAAGCUCGAGGGUGCGUCCCGACUGAGUGAAAUCCUGCCGACCGUGCUGGGAGCCAGCGAGUCGCCCUGCCUGCAGAUGAUGAGCCUCGGGUCGCCCCGGAUCGCACUCGAGGAUGCCGCCGUCGGAAUGUCCGCACGUGCCUUGGGCAGCUGCAUCACGCUGCGGCUGCUCAGCCUGGACGGUUGGAGCUUUAGGAUAGAGAACGUCGGUACGCUCGCCUCGGUCCGCGGAUUCCUUUCGCUCACGUCGGUCCGCGAGCUCGGUCUCAACAACUGCCGGCUGAACAUGUCGAUGUUUAAGAGUGAUGUGCCCGUGCAGUCCGGUGCGUACGAGUGCCGCUCCGUAGUCAACCUAAAGCUGGCCGGUGCUCAGAUCAUCUUCGCCGAUCAUCUCUCGAUGAAGGGUCCGCACAUGUUGCCGUAUCUGGUGGGUUUUGUGAAUUUACGCGAGCUGGACCUUUCUGCCCCAUCGAGGACGGGUUUCGGCAGCACAACCACCACGCCGCUCAUCCUUUCCGAUAAGGACAUCGUAGGUUUCUUCAACACGCUCAACAAUCACUUCAGCCACCUAAACACGCUGAAGAUGUGCAACUGGAUCAUCCAUCUGGACGAAGCCGCACGUACACUGAAGUCCGUCGCCAAGCUGCUCAAAUCCAGCCCGCUCAGUCACAUCAAGCUGGACAGUGUCGUCGUGAUGGAUCGCCCAAAGAAGCAACGGAUCGAACCCCAGUUUCUGCACGCAUUUCUCGCCAAUCUGCCCCUGUUGCGAUGGCUCGGCAUUACGCUGCACGGGCUAAGCGAGGAGCAGAUAACGACGCUCGGCAACUACUGUGGUGAUAUGCGCGGCAUGGAGAUCGAUGUGCGGCUAUCCGAUUCCACGAUUGAAAAUGCGCGGCUGAUGACGGGCAGCCUCGGCAUGGAUGGGAAGUUUGACAUUCGCGUCUCCACGUUCGGUACCUCGAACAGCAUACUGAUCCACAUCGAGAAAACUUCGACGAAAAGUUUAUCCCGUAAAUAA